AUGGCUUUUUACAAUUUUAAAUAUUGUCUUCUAAUAAUUUGUUUAUCGUGUAUCGCCAAUGGACAACGUACGCCUACGAUUACCCACAUAACUCAAAAUCAAAUUAGAGAUAUUGGAGGUCAAGUCGAUUUGAACUGUUCUGUCCAUUAUGCAGACGAUUACCCUGUUCUUUGGCUCAAACAUGACUACCUAAGAUCUCAAGAGAUACUCCCGCUUUCCUCCGGCUCCGCUUUGAUUAUACGUGAUUCAAGAUAUUCGUUAAGAUUCGACCCAGCAUCCGGAACUUAUACUUUUUCAAUCAAAAAUAUUAAAGAAACAGACGCUGGAUUAUACGAAUGCCAAGUACCCAUAUCUGCCGAUAACAAAAUAAGAGCUGAAGUGGAACUGCAAGUGCGGAGACCACCAAUCAUAUCCGAUAACUCCACACGUUCUGUUGUAGCUAGAGGAGAGAAGGAAACAUCC